AUGUUUCAUUCAACCUGCUAACCCUGGUCCUCGGUCAACAAAUCGACCUGUGGUACACAUUCUACGUGGGAAGGCUGUAUUGAGUCAGUCUGCAAAACGAGCGUUCGCGCCUGGACUCGCAGUGUCAAGCAGCCUUGCAUUUUAUCAGCUGUGUUUCAUCGACCGAUUGUUUUUUCGAAGUAUCGAUCUUUAGGCAAUUGGCUGUUGACAUGGAUGUAUCGAAUUAUGACAUUGCAAGUGCAUCUUGUGAAUGCAGUGUCAAUUAUAAAACCGAUAGCAAAAAUCGACAGAGACGAAUCAGCAGGGCUGAGAAAGCACCCUGGGAACAGCAUGUUGAAAGCAGAAGCAGGAUCACUUCGCUUAGUUCUCCAGGAACGUACCGCAGAUCGGGAAUAAACAACUGUGGAGCUGGUAACCAACCGAGAAGGUCGUUGAAGAGUUUGUUAUUAUCUUGUCAAAAGAACAGGAACGAAUCUUUCGAUUAUUCUACCAAGGAUCCCGAUCUGGAAGAAGCUGGGAAAGUGGAUGAUUUGCAUAUGGCUUUGAAAAGAAGCAGUUCUGUUCCGAACAGGGUUUCCUUUCCACUUCAUGAUGCUGUUAGGAACAGUGAUUUAAAAGAGCUCGGGAAGUUAUUUAAAAAGAAAAAGCGAAUAGAUAUAGACUUGAAGGAUGAAGAAGGUUUCUCGCCACUGCAUCGGGCAGCACAGCUUGGUUUUACGGAAGCCGUGGAAUUGUUGCUUGCACACGGAGCUAAUGUAAAUUUGAAAAGCAAAACGAACUUGACACCGCUCUAUUUUGCGGUACAAAGUGGGAACUUCGAGUGUGCCUCUUGUUUAAUCGAGCAUGGGGCGGAUGAAUCUGAAAUAAAGGAUGGCUUUACAGAUACAAAGUUACCUGAUUUCAAAGGGUAUUCGCGAACGUCCCGCACUCGCAUGUCUGUGCAUAACUGAGAACCGUGCACGCGGCUGUUGGUUCAGCGUGCGAAGAAACCGCGAACGGAACGCAAUGUAGGUGCCGUGUAGCACACGUUGUUGAUUUUGAAUGAGUAUUCUGUAGAGGGUUAUAAUCUUCCGCAAUUUUACUUUAAUUGGAUUUUCACAAUCUCCACCGCAAUUAUGAUUUUUAUUACUCAAUAUAGUCUGUUGCUAACCUCUUGAAAAACACCGGUACUGCAUGCCCUGUCACCUGAUCAAAAUGCUAAAAAUGCGUUUCUUACUUCUUAAUCGCACGAGGACGAGUCACGAGGGAACAGGCGUUUCUUCGAUUUUUUAUGAAUUCUUUAUAACUUUGGUAGUUUUUCGAUAAGCAGCAUUGAUAGAUUUUGACCGAUUGACGUUUUAUGCAACGGCUUUGUUUAAAAAGAUGAAAGACUCGUUAUAUA